AUGUCGACCACGAAUCGAGUCGCUCAGAAAAAAAGGCGAACCCACCAAACCAUUUUGUCACAAGAAUAUAAGCCGAUCGGUGAGUGCAGCACUCUCUGCAACUGUUGUUGUGUGUCCGUUCAAAGAUCUCACGAAAACAAUGCUGCAAGAUUCUUGUGGGCUUCUAAGGUUGCUUCUCAUCUAAGGAUCUCUGUUUCUCAACGAGGGUUCUCUUCCGUGGUUUUGAAGGAUUUGAAGUAUGCUGAAUCACAUGAAUGGGUGAAGACUGAUGGGAACAAAGCAACUUUUGGUAUAACGGAUCACGCUCAGGACCACUUGGGUGAUGUGGUCUAUGUGGAGCUGCCUGAUGUGGGACGUUCGGUGACACAAGGUGAGAGUUUUGGAGCGGUUGAGAGUGUGAAAGCAACUAGUGAUAUCAAUUCUCCAAUCUCUGGUACUGUGGUUGAAGUCAAUGAGGGGCUGACCGAGUCGCCUGGAUUGGUGAACACGAGCCCGUAUGAAGAAAGAUGGAUCAUAAAGGUGGAGCUGAGUGAUGCAGGCGAGGCGCAUAAGCUGAUGGAUUCAGACAAGUAUUCUAAGUUCUGCGAAGAAGACGCCAAGCACUGAUCAACAUAGACUUUUGUUUUCUCAAAAUCUUUAUCUAUGUAGAUGGAUGAAUCUCUGCUUUUCUUUUUAAGUUCUUUUUUUUUCACUUAUUGUUUGAAUAAUGGUAUUACAAAAAAAAAGGUUUGGAGUUAUGCCUCUUUGGUUCUCAUUUGGCCUCUUUACUUAAUUUGAAUCAUUGUUUUUUUUUCCAUUCUUUGUGAAGUGAUAGAACCGAUUCUUGUAAC